CCUUGCCUGCCAAAGCUGGAGCCGGCAUCCGCGGAGCUCCCGGGCCGCACGGCCACAGCCGGCGGGCUCUCCGAGCGGGUCCUCCUGACCCUCCACCCGAGCUCCCCAGAGUCGUCCCGAUCUCAGUCGCGAUAGUGGCGAAGGCGAGAAGGACAGUCUUUCGUGUCGCCCGGUCCCCGCCAGGAAAAGACAGCAAGUUGUGUUGAGCUCGGGACCCGCUAGGGACCGUGGCCGCCGCCCGGCCGGGGGCCGCCAUCAGUACUGCAAAGUCUGAGAGACUGAUACCCUGUCAGACUGAAGAUUUGUCACUGCUGGUAGCUGCAUCCUUCUUGAAGAACCGUGGAUUACCUGGGAGCGUCUAGUGACCACAAGCCUCCAUUCCCACCUUCCGGACGAUCACAUUGGGUUGCCAUUGUAUUGCCUGCUCCAAGAUGGCAUCCAGCCUGACUUGUACUGGAAUGAUCUGGGCUUUGCUCUCCUUCCUCAGUGCUGCCACCUCCUGUGUGGGGUUCUUCAUGCCUUACUGGCUCUGGGGAUCUCAGCUGGGCAAGCCUGUGUCCUUCGGCACUUUCCGGAGGUGCUCCUACCCUGUGCACGAUGAGAGUCGGCAAAUGAUGGUGAUGGUGGAGGAAUGUGGGCGCUACGCCUCCUUCCAGGGCAUCCCGAGCGCCGAGUGGAGGAUCUGUACCAUCGUGACGGGCCUGGGCUGUGGCCUGCUCCUCCUGGUAGCGCUGACCGCCCUUAUGGGCUGCUGUGUGUCGGAGCUCAUCUCCAGGACAGUAGGGAGAGUGGCCGGAGGGAUACAGUUCCUGGGAGGCUUGUUGAUUGGCUCUGGCUGUGCCCUCUACCCGUUGGGCUGGGACAGCGAGGAAGUCCGGCAGACUUGUGGUUACAUCUCUGGCCAGUUUGACUUGGGCAAGUGUGAAAUCGGCUGGGCCUACUACUGCACUGGCGCAGGUGCUGCGGCCGCCAUGCUGCUGUGCACGUGGCUGGCUUGCUUCUCGGGCAAGAAGCAGAAGCACUACCCCUACUGAGACCAGGCUGUCGGGAGGCAAGUGGAGGAGAGGAUGGACCACGGGGGACUGAAGGGGCCAAAGCAUCAGCUACUUUCACAAGGUGGAAUAGUGGUUCUAGCCAGUACAAUGUCAAUAGAAUGCAAUUUGACUGAAUCUGGAAUGUUCUAUAGGAAGGGAGGGUGGUGGGGAAGUUGACAGAAGCAUGGAGAAUAUGGGACCGUGGAGGAAAAUGGACCAAAGGCUAAAAAACACUGCAGGACAUUGGGUGUUUCUAUUCCACAGAGUAUUGUUAAUGUAUAUCACACACACAGCAAAUCUAUAUAUGCAAACGAGGAUCUCAUUUUCGUUCUCCUUCAAAAAGACGAGGACUAGGGGAGUCCAAAGGGCUAGUAGACACAGUAUUAUCUUAGGAAGCAGGGUAAGUACUCUGCAGCAGACAUUCCCUGAAGAUGAGGACUGAGCCUGAAAGCACAUAAAAGCACAUGCAUACAUACGCACAUGUCAUCCACAUAUGCACACACACAUAGGCGUGUGCAUAUACACGUCAUCACACCACGGCACAGGGGAUCAGCUGUGCACCAUUGCUCCUGGUUUUUUAAAUAUCCAUCAGUACAGUAGCAUCACUUUAUAAAAGCGUACAUUAAGCCUAGUCCAUGGACCAAUAAAGCCGCUCUAGCAGUAUUUUUGAUAUCCUACAUAAACGCUUUAUGCCGGCCACACAUCUGCAGUGUUUCUGCAGCUCUUUAGGGGUAAGCCUUUGUAUUUCAAUGCUAUUCAAAGACACGCGGUAGUGAUCUGAUUAGCUUCUGCUGCAGUACCCUUGUGGGAAAUAAAAACAGGACAGUUUUUGUCCACUGUAGGUGAGAAUUCAGUUGCAGGUAUGAGAGCGAAGGCAGGCCUCUCUCCAGUUAUUGGAUCUUGGUUUCCCUUGCCCAUUAUUCUACUGUGCUAUAUACGACAAUUACUUCAUUAUUCAUUUUGUAAAGGGAAAAAAAAAGUACUAUUUUGUUUGUAUCUGAAAAGCUCUGUGAAUAAACUCUCUUUGAUCAAUA